GCAGAAGAUCGAUGCCACGACUCAGAAGCCAGCAGGUGCGGUUACCAGUUUACCACGAGUCAGCAACCGCUCCACUUGCCUCUCCAAACUCCAAAGCCGUGACGGUUCUGUUUCCCUUUUCUUCGCGCGCCGUGGCGGAGCGGUUCUCUUAUUUUUGCGUCGCUCGCUUGCGUUCGGCCAUCCGCCCAUCCGCGAUGAUGAUGGGGAUGCUCGGCGCGGCCCUGGCCACGCUCCAUGCCGCCUGCCUCCUCGCCGUGCCGCCGCCCGCGCUCGCCGCCGACCACGUCGUCGGGGGCUCGGGGUGGUGCAUCCCGCCCAGCGCCGGGCUGUACCGCGCCUGGGCGGACAACAGGACGUUCUUCGUCGGCGACACCCUCGUUUUCAGGUUCGAGACGGGGUUCCACGACGUGGUGCAGGUUGGGCGGCGGGAGUACGAGGAGUGCACCGCCGACGACCCCUACCAGAUCUUCCGCGCCGGACCCGCCGCCGUCCCGCUCGACUCCACCGGCGUGCGCUACUACGUCUGCACCGUCGGCAACUACUGCUCCCUCGGCGUCAGGCUCUAUGUCACGGUCCAGCGACGCUAGCCAAUGCUUGCUCGCUCUUGCGCCGCAAACUCAAUGCUUGUAAUCAGCCUGCCGUCGACCUGGCAUUGCCAGUAUCUUGUGUAACAGAGGCACCUUAUAAUAAUCUGCAUCGAUGAGGCCAUUGCAUGGUUGUAAAUUUGUCACACGAUCAACAGCAUCCAGCCGAAUAAAAUAUUUCGAUGCAGAACGGCGAUGCCGUCAGGUAAUCGAGUCAUUGCACUCUAAUGUGCUUCAUACUGUACCAUCAGCAAACA